CGGUGGAGAGGCCUUUUGGGGUGCGCUCGUGGCGCACUGGGUGCGCGCGGCUUCGCGGCCCGAUCCGGAAGCUCUUUACUCUGGAGUAAACCCUAAAGGGUCUCCAGUGAGAGGCUGGCUCCCGAGCAGAUGUCUGCCUUGCGUUUUGCAGGGGCUGAAGUCUUUCAGGUACCGAGACUCCCUUUGUAACCAUCUUUUAAAAGUUGCUGCCGUGAUGACCACUUUAACCCGACAGGAUCUCAACUUCGGACAAGUUGUAGCUGAUGUCCUUUCUGAGUUCCUGGAAGUAGCCAUUCACCUCAUCCUUUAUGUCCGAGAAGUCUACCCCACCGGGAUCUUUCAGAAAAGGAAAAAAUACAAUGUACCUGUCCAGAUGUCCUGCCACCCAGAGCUGAAUCAGUACAUCCAAGAUACUCUCCAUUGCAUCAAACCUUUGCUGGAGAAGAAUGACGUGGAAAAAGUGGUGGUAGUCAUUCUGGACAAGGAGCACCAUCCUGUGGAGAGAUUUGUCUUUGAAAUCACGCAGCCACCCCUGCUGUCUAUCAGCUCCGACUCCCUCCUGAACCACGUGGAACAGCUUCUGCGUGCCUUCAUUUUGAAAAUUAGUGUCUGCGAUGCGGUGCUGAACAACAACCCUCCAGGCUGUACUUUUACCGUCUUGGUGCACACGCGAGAAGCUGCCACUCGCAACAUGGAGAAGAUCCAAGUGAUCAGGGAUUUCCCCUGGAUUCUCGCCGAUGAGCAAGAUGUCCACAUGCGUGACCCUCGACUGAUCCCGCUGAAGACCAUGACGUCGGACCUUUUAAAGAUGCAGCUCUACGUGGAAGAGAGAGCCCAAAAAGGCACCUGACUCCCAGCACUUUCUCACCGUACCUUGGGACCUCAAAUGCUCUCCAGGCGCAAGGCACCUCUGAGCUGUCGCUCGCUCUGCUGCUGUUAACACUGGUGCUAAAAACAUGGCGGUUCUUGGCGACUUGGCACACUCUGCCAACCAUUCUUCCACAAAAUGUGUGCGAGCAAGUUGGGUUUUUUUAAGCGUUCUUCCUCUUAUGUAAGGAGAGAAUAGAUCCCGGAGCAGCAAACUUUUACCUCCUCCGGCAGGUUUUGUGUGCCUGUGUGCGCACUCAGACCUGAGUGAGGCCUGCCUUUCCAAUUUAUUGUGCAGAAAGGGGGGCUACGUUUGGAGCUUCGAGAGGGGGCUUGCGGGUGACUGUGUUGUCGUUUGUUUGGGAGCCCGUAUGUGUGAUUUCUGAAGGUGUCCUGAGUGGACCUCUUGUGACUGUCCACUGUGAGAUAUAUAUAUUUUUCUGUUGAUCAAUAAAUAGGAAGCACUUA